AUGCCGCCUCAACAAACGAAUUUGUGUGCAUCAUCUUGUUCUAUAUACCUUCAUGUGAUUCUUCUCUUUUCCAUAUGGCUACUUUGCUUGCAACCCACCAUUACCACCACUGCUCCAACAAAUGAGACUGAUCGUUUGGCUUUGCUCAAAUUCAAAGAAUCAGUAACUCAUGAUCCAUAUAAAAUAUUGAGCUCGUGGAAUAAUUCUAUGCACUUCUGUAAUUGGCUUGGAAUCACAUGUGGCCGCAGGCAUCAAAGAGUCACUCGCUUGGAGCUACCAAGCUACAAGUUACACGGAUCCAUAUCACCUUAUAUUGGAAACCUCACCUUUUUAAUGUUCAUCCAACUCUAUAAUAACAGCUUCUAUGGUGAAAUUCCACAAAAAAUCGGUCAUUUGUUCCGAUUGCAACAACUGCGUCUUAGCAGAAACAUGUUGGAAGGAGAAAUACCAUCUAGCUUGUCCAAUUGCUCCAACCUUAUGGUCAUAAAAUUUGCUGCGAAUAAGCUUAAAGGGAGGAUUCCGUCGAAGCUAGGCUAUUUGAUGAAGCUGGAAGAGCUUGUGAUUCACGAAAACAAUUUGACAGGAGGGAUCCCACCAUCUCUAGGAAAUCUUUCGUCGGUCGCAACUCUUGGUAUUGGGCGCAAUAAUUUGGGGGGAAAUAUUCCAGAUGCCAUAGGCCAAUUAAAAAGCUUAAUAGAGCUCUAUAUUUCAAUCAGUAAAUUGUCAGGUAUGAUCCCUUCCUCUCUUUAUAAUGUGUCAUCUCUCAAAAUCUUUCAAGCUACAGACAACCAACUUAAUGGCACACUUCCAGCGAACAUGGGCAUCAAUCUUCCUAAUCUCCAAGUUCUUGCAUUGGGUGGAAAUGAGUUCUCCGGGCCAAUCCCUACUUCAUUAUGCAAUGCAACUAAACUUCAAAUAGUUGAUUUAAAUCAUAACAAUAUUUUGGGAUCAGUUCCAACCACUUUGGGAAAUCUUUUGGAUCUUUACUCUCUACGUUUGACUAACAACAGUUUAGGAAGGAGCUUGAAAUUCUUAACAUCUUUGACAAACUGUAGCAAACUGGACGUCAUGAGUUUAAGUAUGAACCGAUUUGGAGGCGUUUUGCCCAAUUCUGUAGCCAACUUGUCAAACCAACUCACUAAAUUAUACUUGGGAGAAAAUGAAAUAUCUGGAACUAUUCCUGCAUCAUUAGCGAACCUCGAGAAAUUAAUUAUCUUGAGCUUAGAUUAUAAUCACUUCACAGGAAUCAUUCCAGCUAGUUUCAGGAGACUUCAGAAGAUGCAAGUAUUGGUUUUAAGAGGAAACAGUUUGUCUGGAGAAAUACCAACCUUUAUAGGCAACCUUACUGAGUUGUUCAAACUCUUUUUAGAUGAAAACCUAUUUGAAGGAACCAUACCUCCAAGUAUUGUAAAUUGCCAACUUUUGCAGUUCUUAGACAUUUCAUUAAAUAAACUUAAUGGAUCCAUAACUCAGCAUACUGGUCUUUCUUCCCUUCCACUAGUAUUCCUCAAUUUGUCACAUAACUCAUUUACUGGCAAACUUCCAUUUGAAGUUGCUAAUCUGAAAAAUAUUAAUGAACUGGAUGUCUCUAACAAUCAUUUGUCUGGUGAAAUUCCAGCAUCUAUAGGAAAUUGUUUGAUCUUGGAACAUCUUUACUUGCAAGGGAACUCCUUCAAAGGAGCCAUACCAUCAUCUUUGGCUUCUUUGAGAGGUCUUCGACGUCUAGAUGUUUCACAAAAUAACCUAUCAGGACCCAUUCCAAAGGGUUUAGAGAUGCUUCCCUUUUUAGAAUUUUUGAAUCUUUCAUUCAAUAAUUUUGAGGGUGAGGUACCAACUAAAGGGGUUUUCAAAAACACAAGUGUUAUAUCAUUGAUUGGAAAUACUAACCUUUGUGGUGGUAUACCACAAUUGCAGUUGCCAAAAUGCCCUAUAAAAGUCACGAAACCAAGAAGUUCCAUUCGAUUGAAACUAGCAAUUGUAAUUACUUCCCUUGUACUAUCUUUCAUUUUGUUUUCAUUCCUUUUUGUUCUUUAUUGGAUGAAAAAAUCAAAAAAGAAAUCAUGUUCUAUGAUUCCAACAAUAGACCUCCUUCUAAAUGUGUCAUACAAAGAACUCUAUCAAGCAACUAGUGGAUUUUCUCCAAAUAAUUUAAUUGGGUCAGGUAGUUUUGGAUCUGUAUAUAGAGGAGCACUUGAUCAAGAAGAAAGACUAGUUGCUAUAAAGGUCCUUAACCUUCAACACAAGGGAGCUUCCAAAAGUUUCAUGGCUGAAUGUAAUGCAUUACGAAAUAUCAGGCAUCGAAAUCUUGUUAAGAUAUUAACAUGUUGCUCUAGCAUGGAUUAUGGUGGAAAUCAAUUCAAAGCACUAGUCUUUGAAUUCAUGACAAAUGGGAGCUUAGAUAUUUGGCUGCAUCCCGAGAUACCCAACAAUCAUCAAUCGAGGAACUUAAGCCUUCUUCAAAGACUAAAUGUUGCAAUCGAUGUGGCUUCUGCAAUAGAUUAUCUUCACAAUCAUUCUGCACAACCUAUCGUUCAUUGUGAUUUAAAGCCAAGCAAUGUUCUUCUUGACCAUGACAUGGUUGCUCAUGUAAGCGAUUUUGGUUUAGCGAGACUCCUCUCAAUUACUAAUGGUUCUUCUGCAAAUCAAACUAGUUCAAUUGGGAUAAAGGGGUCAAUUGGUUAUGCAGCUCCAGAGUACGGCAUGAGUGGCGAGGUAUCGAUGGAAGGAGAUGUGUAUAGCUAUGGAAUAUUACUACUAGAGAUGUUUCUAGGAAAGAGACCCACUGACAAAAUGUUUAAAAAUGAUCUCAAUCUUCACAAUUUUGCUAAGAUGGGAUUGUCGGAAAGAGUUGUUCAGAUUGUGGACCCAAUCCUUUUACCAAGAGAAGUUGUCGCAACGCCAAUAGCAAUCGUGGCAACUAGAGAAGAUAAUAAUGACAAUGAAAUUCAUGUAUACGAAGACGCUCAAGGUAGUACUGCAAACUUGUCCCAAAUGGAUGCCAAUAUGCAUAAGUGCUUAGUCUCAAUCCUUGAAAUUGGACUUGCAUGUUCAAUGGAGUCACCAAAAGAGAGAAUGAAAAUGGAGGAAGUUACCAGAGAACUAUAUUUGAUCAAAAAUGCUUAUCUUGGUUCUGGCAUCCGCAGUGGAAUUAGUGAAAUCCUAGUUUGAGAGCAUGAAACUAUCAAAAGAGAUCAUUGAAACCUCUUUCAUGUCCCUGUUGAGCAUUGGCUUGCUAGUUCAAUCUUCUUUGUCGAAAUGUUCAGGAUAUGAUUUACUCAGGGUAUUUUCUUCUUCUGGAUAUGGCAGUCUUAUUUGUGUAUUUAUAUCAGUGAUAUCACUACUCUUUGACAAUAAAAGUAUAUUGAACACUUCUGCUACAGGUUUUAGUAUGGUGUGUAUAUAUUCAGCUUAAAUAAAUAAUAAAUAAAAAGAAUAGUGUGUUUGUA